CAAAACCAUAGACAAACUGAUAUUGUGUCACUUCCGGUUCUACCGCAACGAGUUACGAGCGGAGAACUACACGGGCCUUCUGUCUGCCAUAGAAGUAAUAAGUUCUGAAAAAUGUCGCUCAUCUCCGCUCGUUUGGCCUCAUCAGUGGCCAGGCGUAUCCCAAAUGCCGCUUCACAGGUAUCGAAGGUCGCCGUGCCAGCGGUGGCGGUAGCCUCGCGCAAGAUCCAUGUCUCGUGCAGCCAGAGAGCCGCCGAGAUCUCCACUAUCCUCGAGGAGAGGAUCCUCGGGGCCGCACCCAAGGCUGACUUAGAAGAAACUGGCCGUGUAUUGAGCAUUGGUGAUGGUAUUGCGCGUGUAUAUGGGUUGAAAAACAUCCAGGCCGAGGAGAUGGUGGAAUUCUCCUCCGGUCUUAAGGGAAUGGCCCUUAACUUGGAACCCGACAAUGUGGGUGUAGUAGUAUUCGGUAACGACAAGUUGAUCAAGGAGGGUGACAUCGUGAAGCGUACUGGUGCCAUUGUGGAUGUGCCAGUAGGGGAACAGCUGUUGGGUCGCGUAGUAGACGCUCUCGGUAACGCUAUCGACGGCAAGGGGCCUGUCGACACCAAGUCGCGUAUGCGAGUCGGUAUCAAGGCGCCCGGUAUCAUUCCUCGUGUGUCUGUGCGUGAGCCUAUGCAGACUGGUAUCAAGGCUGUAGACUCCCUUGUGCCCAUCGGUCGUGGUCAGCGUGAGUUGAUCAUUGGUGACCGUCAGACUGGCAAGACUGCCCUGGCCAUCGACACCAUCAUCAACCAGCAACGAUUCAACAAGGGAGAUGACGAGAAGAAGAAGCUGUAUUGCAUUUACGUUGCCAUCGGUCAGAAGAGGUCCACUGUCGCGCAGAUCGUGAAGAGGUUGACUGACGCUGGCGCCAUCAACUACACAAUCAUCGUGUCCGCCACGGCCUCCGAUGCCGCACCUCUGCAGUACCUCGCACCUUACUCAGGCUGCGCUAUGGGAGAGUUCUUCCGCGACAACGGCAAGCACGCGCUCAUCAUCUACGACGACUUGUCCAAGCAGGCCGUGGCCUACCGCCAGAUGUCGCUGUUGCUGCGUCGUCCCCCCGGUCGUGAGGCCUACCCCGGUGAUGUGUUCUACCUGCAUUCCCGUCUGCUCGAGCGUGCCGCUAAGAUGUCCGACAAAAUGGGCGGUGGUUCCCUCACCGCUUUGCCAGUUAUUGAAACUCAGGCCGGUGACGUGUCUGCUUACAUUCCCACCAACGUGAUCUCCAUCACUGAUGGCCAGAUCUUCUUGGAGACUGAGCUGUUCUACAAGGGUAUCCGGCCUGCCAUCAACGUCGGUCUGUCCGUGUCAAGAGUAGGAUCUGCUGCCCAGACUAAGGCUAUGAAGCAGGUGGCCGGUUCCAUGAAGCUGGAAUUGGCUCAAUACCGUGAAGUGGCUGCUUUCGCCCAGUUCGGUUCCGACUUGGAUGCCGCUACCCAGCAACUGCUCAACCGUGGCAUGCGUCUCACUGAGCUGCUCAAGCAAGGACAGUACGUGCCUAUGGCUAUUGAGGAACAGGUCGCCAUCAUCUACUGUGGUGUACGCGGUCACCUCGACAAACUGGACCCCACCAAGAUCACCGCAUUCGAGAAGGAAUUCACCCAACACAUUAAGACCAGCCACCAGGGUCUCCUCAAUACCAUCGCUAAAGACGGCCAGAUCUCCCCCGAGUCAGACGCCGCUCUCAAGAAGAUCGUUUCCGAUUUCGUCGCGACCUUCACUCAACAGUGAACAACCUAGUGUAAACAGAAAAAGUUGUUGACAUGGUGACUUUACGAUCACGGUACAACGCCAUGCCAACAUUGCAUUACAAUAAGUGGCUACCUAACGGACACACUAUCCCAGCGAUCAGUGUGUCCGCUAGCGGCUAAAGUGUAGUUAUCAUUCGUAAGGACUGUAUUGAAUGUUGAUACAAUCAUGGAAUGUAUUUAUCUUGAACGCAGGAGUGGUUAUAUGUAAUUAAACUUCUUU